AAAAUGUAUCGACUACCAGUGGUGGCUCUGACCUCUCUCCUUCCUCUCACAGCUUUCGCUGUUCCAUAUGACGAGUAUAUCCUCGCACCAUCGCAGCGGGACUUGUCUCCUGUAUCCGUUUACCAAGCCAAUGGUACUGUUCUCAAUGCUGCUGGCGUCACGACUUCUGGAUCCGGAGAUACCACUUUCAACAGUGUCUCAGCUGUCACAUACGACUACGCCAAAAACAUUGGCGGCUUGAACAUUGCCAUCGAUGAGACAUUGUGGUUCAAGAUCACUGGCCCAGGCAACUACUCUGUCGAGCCCCUGCAUGACCGUGGUGGGUUCAGGUAUCUGAACGUCUACCACAACACAACCGGAAAUGUUACGCUCAGCCAUUUGCAAACGUACUUCACUGCCAUGCCACAUUUCCCUGAUGAUGGUCUUCGCGAGUAUACAGGAUACUUUCACAGCAACGACGAGAAGUUGAACCGCGUUUGGUAUGCUGACCUUGGCACACGGGGAGUAGUCUUCUGCAGAACAUUUGCUGGUCAGCUCGCAGGUGCCUAUACUGACCAACUUUGCACCAUCCCCUCGACUGCAGGCAACUCCUUGGUCGACCUCGAUGCCACCGACCCAGAUGUGCCAACAGUGUGGUGGUCCAACAGUACCUUGACCAACGGUAGCUCUGCAUUCACUGAUGGGCCUAAACGAGAUAAGCUAAUUUGGCCUGGUGACUUUGCUAUCUCGGUACCUGGCGUCUUCCUCUCCACUGACGAUGCAAUCACUGUAAAGUUGUCUCUACAACAGCUAUUUGCUAGUCAAAACACCACUACCGAGAACUCUUUCAUCGACUUUGGCAAGGUUGUUUUCAGUUUCAACUAUCACCUGUUCACACUUCUGGGACUGCACAAUUACUGGAUCUAUACCGGCGAUGAUGAGUAUCUGCAAAACAACUGGAACAGAUUCAAGCUUGGUCUGAAUUACAGCUUGAGCUUCGUGGAUGAAACUGGAUUGGCUAAUGUUACCUCAUCCUUCGACUGGUUGAGGACAGGUAUGGGUGGUCACAACAUCGAGGCCAACAGCAUUCUCAAACACACCUUGGAUGUAGCAGUCACGCUUGCGUAUGCCGUGAACGAUACUUCCCAAAUCGCUAGCUGGUCCAAUGCGUCCACAGCCAUUGUAACCGCCGCAAACACACUUCUCUGGGACGGCACAGCUUCACUCUACAAGGAUAACGAGACUACCACUCUGCAUCCUCAAGACGGCAACGUCUGGUCCAUAAUCUCGGGCGUCGCGUCCGCCAACCAGAGUACUGAAAUCUCUUCCGCUCUCGCUGCACGAUGGGGACCUUACGGUGCUCCAGCUCCGGAAGCCGGGACAACAAUCUCACCUUUCAUCUCAGGCUUUGAAUUGCAAGCCCAUUUCCUCGCCGGCCAGCCUCAGCGAGCCAUCGAUCUCAUGCGCUUCAUGUGGGCAGACUUCAUGCUCGACGACCCACGCAUGACCAACAGCACUUACAUCGAAGGCUACGAUACCAGUGGCGCAUUGCACUAUCCCGCCUAUGCCGACGACGCACGUAUUUCACAUUCUCAUGGCUGGAGUUCCGGUCCUGUGUUGGCUUUGUCGACGUUUGCAGCUGGGUUGCAUGUGUUGAAUGCAACGAAUUGGGUCGCGUAUUUGCAGCCUGGGAACUUGACGAAUGUGGAAGCUGGGUUUAAGGUUGGACAUGGCAGUUAUGCCGCUAAUUAUUCUGUUACUGCUGAUGGAGUGAGAUACGCACUUUCGACACCAGCGGGCACGAAAGGCAGUCUUGUUAUCGACACUCCUCCUGGUUGCAAUGGCAAGGUGACCAUCGUAGGUAGUGUCAGUGAUGCUGAUGACGGUCAUUCAAGACCCGAGCGCGGUAUCGGUCACGGCAAGAGUUUCCAUUGGAGCAAGCAAAUCAAGAACUCGGGCUCUGCAGCAAGUCCUUGGAGGUGCGGUGUUUGGGGUCCUUCUUCGCCUCCGGCGCAUUCGAGUGUCAACAAUGGCACAAUUACAAUCGAUGGGCUGGCUGGAGGGAACUACAGUAUUGAUAUCACAUGUACAUAA